AGCUGUUUGAACAACUCUCUCCCUCCCACACCCUAACUAUCUCUCAAUGGAUAGCCGCACAGCGCACGCCCAGGACCUGCUUGCCAUCGCGCAGGCUGACGUCCUGCAUCAGCAUCAUCAUCAUCACCAUCACCAACCCGCAUCGUCGCAAGACAGCAACACCAACACCGCGUCGCGCAAGUACACCUCGCCCGAUCCCUCAUCGUCCGUCUCCAUGACUCCGCCGCCGUCGUCGCAGGUCCUGCCUGCUCCGCUGAGUCGCGCCUCUGCGCGCACGCCUACUCCCUCUACCUCCCAGCUGUCCUCGCCCCCACCGACAUCCCGCGUCAAUUCGCAGGCGUCGCUGCCUACGUCGUCUAUCAGCCUCGAUCAGAUCAACGGUGCCACCGAGGAAGAGCUGCGAGACAUGGCCAGCGAGCUGUUGGCAACCCUGCGCGAAGUGCGUACUAGAGCCGCGCACCACAAGCUGCAAUACAACAUGCUUUGCAUCGAUAGCGCAGAAGCGAACAAUCGGAUGGCCGUCGAGUUGGCAAUGGCGCAGCGCGAGGUUGACGUCUUGCAGCAAGCCGAGGAGCGGCGGCGCAGUGACAUCACGCCUCCCGCCCCAGCUCACGCAGAACCAGUUGUCACUCCUGCUAAUGCCGCGCUGAUGAACGAGAUGAGCCGCCAUAUGCAAAUCUUACAGAACGAAAAUGAAGAGCUUCGGGGGAUGUUGGAGCAUUCCCAGCGCACGACCGAACGCCGCGAAGGCGAGAUCGCCAACCUAGUUGAGGAGAACGAACGUUUGCGCGGGCGCAUUCGGAAGAAUCGUGAUCAUCUCAACGGGAUGCUGGGCGACGUGUACGAAUCCCAGUCGCCUACCUCAGUAAUGGCCGCACCGCGCUACCCCACGACGCCACGCAGCAGAAAUCGAGGAAAUCAUCUAGGCGACACGUCUGCCCACGGACAACAACCUUUUGAAGCUUUGCUCCUUGCAGACAAGAUGUUGAAUGAGAAGAAUGCCACCGCACCGACUACACCUACUAGGAACAUGCCACCAAGAACCCAUUUAGGCCUGUCUCGUAGCGCAAACUCUGGCUCAUCUAUGCCCAACACGCCUAACUAUUCAACACGGCCAGCCCAGACCACCAGAGGCGUACUUCGUACUCCGCCAAGAUCGCACUACAACCCUGCCCAAACUUCUUACACAGCACCUGCGAAUAAUCACAGCAAAGCGCGCUAUCGGAGGAACACCGACUCCACAGUCACUGCACCCUCCUUAGUGGAAGAUGCCAUGAUGAUUCCCUUGAAAGAAUCCCAGGCCACAGAGCCCUACGCCAGCCAAAUAGCGUCAGAUCUGCUCCGUCACGUGCCACAACAGCAUGGCGGGCAACUGCCAGGCGGCUCAGCGCAUCAGAGUCAGAGAGCUGGCGCAAGUAGCGCACAAUUACAAAGCAAGCUCUUUGGCCAGGUCAAGAAGCCGGGCGUGAGCAGGCCGUCGGAGAGCGAUAAGAGAAGCCUUUCGGGCGUCGACGACAAGCCGCAAUUGUCUCCGGCCAAAAGAAGCCGUAUAGAGACGGAUGUAGGAUUGGGAAUCGGUGAUUUGGGCGCAGAGCCCGGCGCAAGGAGGAUAUAAGGCCUUUUAUUGCCGUGCAGUCUCCAUCUCAGCUUUACGAUUGACGAAACUACACGGCGCGUGGGCAGGUUCGAGGGUUAUCUUCUGCGCUGGCGCUUGACUUUGAUAUCAUGGACUUUGGGAAUCUGGGAAUUUGGGACUUUGGGAUUUGGGAACUUGGAAAGCAGGGAAUUUGCUUCAAUACCUUUUUGUGUUAGUAAUUGUGACAAUUAGAGGAAAAAGCGUAGGAGUAGAGUAGUAGUAUCGAGUAGGUAGCAAAAGAAAGCGGCUGGAGCCAAGGCGCU